UUCUACCCUCUCGUCGCCGGGAGCUGCAGUGGAGGACGCUGAGUGGGAGCGCAGUCACCUCUGGAUGUGUUUGCUGGCCUUGGGCUUCGACCCGAAACGGUACCCGGGCGUACAACUAGGGAGGGAUGUGUUUGCUACACCGAAUGUCGAAGCGUUUUCUAUCAUGGCCUACUUCUUGUUUGCUAAGCUGGAUAAGCACCGUGCAGGAAAAACUUUGAAUCUGUCAAGUCCUAGAUUUAGGAAGCACUGCUGUCAGUGGCUAAGAGAAAUUUCAAUGGAAGGAAGUGUUCCACAAAUUACAUAUUCCACACUGAUUUCUCCUGGUGGUGCUAAAGUUGUUCAUGUGUUGUGCCGUUUUGCAAGAUACGUAAUGAUUGAGAACAUGAAAAAGCUCUCUGUAGGCACUGGUAUACCUUCUGCUGAAGCUGUAAUGCAGAGACCUCGGAAUAUGUACAUAGCAAAAGCAAGACACAGAGUUGCAUACAAUAAACUGCUGCAAAUUCUUCAAAGGGAGCAUUUUAUUUUUCAAGAAUAUAGGAGAAAAGCACAGAUUUUAUUUAGAGCAAUAAAGCGGACAGAGUCUGAAUAUGCAGUUGCGCAGAAGCAGUUUUGCAGGAUGAAGCAAAAUGACCAAAACGAAAAUGACAUAACUGAGAGAAUUCAGAAGGUCCGCAGUAUGUGGGCACUUAUAGUGGAAAUGGUUACAUCUCUGAAAAAAGACAAGGAAGUUGUGGAUUCUGUACUUGAAGACUAUGUUGACCCAUGUAUUCUGGAUGGAAGUGAUGUUGUUUUGAGUGUUCCAGCAUUGUUGACUUCCAGAGUUGAAAGUAACAUAUAUAGAUUUUGUACAGGAAAUUUAUAUGAAGAGGGAAAUCUGAAUUUCCUAACAGUUAUUCAGUUAUUAAAUGAAGCCCUGAUGACAUUGAGAGAUGAACGUUGUCCAUGUAAAUUAAAAGAACUUUACAGAAUUGAGGAUGUGGUUGCAUCCUACAAGAAUGCACUACGGGAGUUGAACACUGAAAGUCUAAGAAGAAGGCAAGAGCAUUGUGAGCCAAUGCAUCAGUCUCUUCUCAGAAAACAACAAAUCUGGGAGUCAAAGUGGAAAAUGAUUCUUGGCCAGUGUCCUUUUAAUUUAAUCUUAAGAGAUGAUCUGCAACCAGCUUCAUCACUUCAGUCUUUUAGUUCUUCAGACAAAGAUGGUGUCCUUAAUCAGUCAUUUUCAGAUAAUUAUGACUAUGAUCAUGAAGAAAGCCAUGAGGAAAGUGAUGGGUGUUUGGAAACCAUGACCGAUGCAAUAUUAGUACCCUCAAGAAGGAGCUCAUCGGUGCUGUCGUCGUCAGAGGCGUCUGAAAAGGAAGACCUGUUAAUUAAAAAUAACUUGAAUACUUGUGUGGGAAAUGAAAAACCUGUGCCUCAAAAAAACUUAAAAAAUGGAAAGGAAGAAUUCCCUGCUUCAGAAAUGGAGGAGAAUGCAGAUGAAAAUGUUACCCAGCCAAAGUCUCCUGCAAAAAAAGAUUACCUUCUUGAGAAAGCCAGAGAUGAACUGGCAGAAGAGAUUGCAAAGUUGGUGAUGUCUGAGUCACCUCAGAGUGGUGAAGAAAAAGGAAUGCCAUUACAUGAUCUCAACAGCUCACUGUCUUUUUACCCAUUUAUAACGAAGAAUCAAAUACCCCGAACUCCAGAAAAUCUGCUUGCUGAAAUUAGAAGUUCGUGGAGAAAAGCUGUUCAGACUGAGGGCUCAUUAGACCCAGAGCUGUCCUCAGCUGGAGUGGUGACAGAAGAAUCUUCAGUGAAUGCCACACCCGGUAUGCAGGAGGAGAUGGGCCGUUCCUUUGUGUGCUCUGAACCUGUGUCUCCUGUAUGUGACUCGGAUGCUCCUGUAUCACAGAAGAAGUCUCAAUUAAUUUCUACAGAAUCUGCUUCUCAGGAGCAGGUGAUUUUAAGUCAUACAUUUGAAUCUUCAAAUUCAAACACAUCUGGAAUUCAAGAAAAUGAGAGAACUGAGUCAGAGGAACCAGAUUGUUCUGCUUUGAGUGGAAGUUUUGUAGAAGAUCUAACCCAGACUUUGCAAAAUGUAGAGAACAUGAAUAUUUAUUUGAAAAGUGGUAGUAGAACAAAUACACUACCUUCAGACCACUGUUGCAGUUUUCUAAUGGGUGAGACGCUAUGCUGGGAUGCAUCUGCAUUAAAUUCUGCCCUUCAUGAAUCUCUUGACAUGGGAAUAUUGGAUGAGACGCUUCCAGAGUGUGAUGGUAUGGAUCUCAGCAUAUCUGCAGACUCAGACUCUUUUUUUUUAACAAGGGACUGUGAAAAUUUAAUGGAUGAGUCAGAAAAUAAUGAGGAUAUUAAAAAAUUGGACCUAUAUUUGCAGUCCCUGUCCAACUCACAUGAAGUGCUAAAAACGACUGCAUCUAAGAGUCAUAAUAAUGGAGACAAAUCUCAAAGUUAUAGAGCUAAACUAAGGAUAUCCGAAGAAGGAGAGGAAAAUGAGGAUGAUCCUCCCACGGAUGAAGGAUUUACCAAGAUGCCAUUGCCAAGCUCUCCUGAUGAAAGCAAACAUUCCCUGUCAUCUUUGCUGGUAUCCUGUCAACAGAAGGAUGGUACAUGAAGUCCCAUUAGACUUACUACAUGAAUUGAAGGUAAGAAUAGUUGAGUUGGAAGCUGAGAACGAAGGAACAUUCAUCAGGAUGGAAUUUGUAAAGCAGCAUAACCAGAGCAGUGCAUCUAUGAUUCACUUGUAUCUUCUCCAAGCAUUAUCUGCAUUGGGAAGUUGGAAUCGUUAUGGUCUGCAAGGAGACCCUACUCCAGUCUCCUUGUUUAGGAGUGUCACUUGCCUGCUCUGACACUGCCAGUUUCGUAUCAUUCACUGUGGCUUUCUAUAUACAGCGCAUCAUUUAUAUACAGAACUAUAAGCUUAUUUUGAACAGCAGAUGUUGAGUAAAUGGCAUAACCUAGAAAAUGGAAAAAUUAGAUGUCAAAGGAGAAAUAGUGAAAUCUGUUAAUUUGCUCCUAAUCCACAUCUCAUACCCCAUCCCAACCCUUAAUCCAACAGAUUGAUAUUUUUCUUGGUGCUCUACAUUCCAUUACAUUCAUCUCUCUUACUGAGAUUUCUGGUCUACACUGCCAUCAAUUCUGCCUUUUAAUAGAGGCUGUUCCCUUUUUCUAAGCUUCACAGGAGUGCAUAUUUCUUUAGCUAUAUUACUGAAUAAAUGCUUUACACUAAAGUUACAAAAAUUUAUUGUUUGUGGUAGCGCUAAUGAUUUUAACAACUUCUUGAUUUUAACUUCUUGAUUUUAACUUCUUGAUUUUUCUUGCUACUUGAUUUUAACAUCACAUCAUAUACAAUAUGUUGUGAUGUAAAGGGUAAUAGACCCUGUGGUAAUAGCAGAAUGCAGCGAGGUGUACUUGGCCUUCUAGAGCAGAGCAGGUCAGAGUCCGGCUAGGUGAGGUUAAGGCCGACACCCAGCUGCAUAACCUGCCAGCACCCCUCGGCGGCGUAAGGCCUCGGGCUGGGCUGGCUGUGGCCUGGAUC